GUCCGGGCGCGGGUCCUUCCGGGCAGGGUACCCCAGGCAACCGGCGGCCCGUCGGGACACAAUUAAGGGGGGGGGGGGGGGGGGGUGGAUAUGACAGGGAAAAAGAAAAAGGGGUAGGGGAUAGCAGGGAAAAAGAAAAAGGGGGAAGGGGAGGGCGCCAAGGAGGCCUUCGUGCCGGUCAAGGACGACGACCAGCGACAGGCUAUUCGUCAGUGCUGCAUAUUCAAGUACUUGACGAAGGGUCAGACGCUGGAGAGUUGCAAGGGCAACUUCAAGAUGAAGUGCCGCUUCUGCGACAAACCACCUUUCCAGGGCAGUCAGGCGCGAGGUGCUGAGCACUUCACGAAGGGUAGGUGCCCCAAGGUGACACCAGAGGUCCUCGUCGACAGUUGGAAUACCACACAGUACCCUUUCGACGAGCGGCGAGAGAGACAGGUGCGGGAUUACAUGGAGUAUCGUGGCAUCCGAAAUAACAGAGAGGUGGGAGGUGGAGUGCCGGAGGAUGACGAGGUGCAGGAUGUUUUGGACAGGGAGGGGGCGGACAGCGAGGGAGGGCAGUGUGGCAGCGAGGACGAUGAGAUGAACACAGGGGCGGAGGGUGAGGGGGAGGGACCGACGGAGGACGGCGGUGAGGACAAUGUUCAGGAGUUAGGAGCAUAUCUUCAAGGGGGAUCAUUGAAGGCACGACCCACUGCUCAUCAGACAAGGACUCGUGCGCCUAUGGAUGGCCGUGGGAAGAGGAGGGCGGACACCGCUCCUACGGCACGCGUGCCGGACCCGAAACGUUUGAAGCAGGUCAGACUGGAUGAGAUGUACAACCCGGAGUGGCAGACCACCUUCGACCAUCUCUUCCUGCAGUGGUGGUAUAUUGGCAGUGUCCCAUUUGAGAGGGCGAGGAUGGCCAAGUACAGGGCCCUCACAAGACAUUUGCAGAAUAUGCCCAGGGGCAUGAAGACUACUUUGCCCCAGUUCAAGCGCAUAGCAGGCAGUGGCAUACAGGAGGAGCGUGCGUACAUAGUUGAUAAGCUACGUGACAUACGCGAGCAGAUGCAGCACACAGGGGCUACCAUCCUUACGGAUGGGAGGAAGUCUCUGAACUCUGAGCACAUCGUGAACUUCCUGGCAGCAGGACAGUCGGGCGCCUUCCUUUUCACAACGGUGCGCAGGGAAGGGGUUGACGCAGAAACGUCAGACGUCGUUUUGCAGUGCUGGAAGAAGGUGUUCGAGAAGUUCGGCGUGAAGAACAUCAACGCCAUCUGCACGAACUCUGCAUCAGUUUAUGACGCCGCCGGUCGAGCGCUUUGCAAUGAUCCCGAUCUAGAUACCUGUCGCAUCCCUUGGCUCCCUUGUUCUGUCCAUUGCUGCAACUUGAUGUUGUUAGACAUGGUCAAGGAUAAGACAUGGGCCAUCGACUUGUUGACCAGGGCGAGGGCGGUUGUCCGAUUCAUUAGAUGUCAUGGAUCGGCUCUCGCGUUGUUCAGGAGUUACAGCGCGAGGCCCGAUCGCGAUGCACGGGCGGACCGUUUGGGUGGCAGCGCCGCGGGCGGAGAGGGGACAGUAGGCAGACCACGACGAGGACGAGAGUUGUUGUACCCUUGCCAGACACGAUUCACGUCUAUGUACAUCAUGAUGGAGAGGUUGCACGACCGCAGGUUGGCCGAGGAGAUUCGGAAGUUGGAGUCGACGAGACCUCGUCUAGUUGGCAUGCUGCAGGAUUGUUACGCUCGUGCAUGCCAUCUGCUCGAGCCCACUCAUGCUCCCGCCCAUCUUCUCAAUCCCAAGAGGCGGAACUUCGUUUACUUCCAGUCUCCAAGGCACAGCGAUCAGCAGAAGAAGGUGGCGGAGAUCACACUUGAGUACAUCUACAUGCAGACGGGCUUCGACCGGCAGGGAGCCAGGUACAGGUUGGUCCGUCAGCAGUUGUACGACUUCCACGCGCGCGGGCAGAGGUAUGAUUGGGGUGGAGAUGCAGGCACUGGAGACGAGGACACGUGCGAGAGGUCGGAUGAGACACAGGGCAUUGCUGAUUGGUGGGUUUUGCACGGCAGCUAUGCCCCUGAGCUUUGUGCCAUCGCCACACGUCUGAUGUACACGUGGGUCUGCGCCUCUCCUACAGAGAGGAACUGGGCGUUGCACGAGCGUAUCCACGAGAAGCGCCGGAACGGGUUGGACUUCACGAAGCUGACUGAAAUGGUGGAGAUGUGCGCGAACAAGAAGCUCCUGGCGUGUAGAGAGAGGAGGAGGGGACUUGUUCUGCUGUGGGGUGAUCUUAAGGAGGGGUUGGACGACGUCCCGGAGCCGCGGAGAUCAGGUACUCUACCGCCGGGGUCAUUGACGGACGAGGAGAUCGCGCGCCAGGCGCGCAGGAUGCAGCGUGCCUCGACGGUUCGCCACCCCCCUGCGGUUCAAACUGUGUUUCGUCGUCGUGCAGCUCAUAUUGAGCUGUACCACGAGGAGAUCGAGUACGAUCCACCCACGGACCCGCAUGCUGCAGACGAGAUGGAGGCAGAGCCCUGGACGGACUCGGAGGACUUGGAGCAGAGAGGCAGUGACACACCUGAUGUUGGUGACGAGUCCGGCGGAGAGAGUGAUCAUGAGGCUGCCAGUGAUAUGCGUUCGCGGGAUCGGCAGAGCCAUUGUGAUGUUGAUCGCAUGACCCCUCCCUUGACUAGGAGUGCGACUGAUAGAGGGCGCAAGCAGACAAAGGUUGUGCGAUCGUCGAGCGAGGACGAGGGAGGUGACAGGUCUGACGACGGAGAUGCCGCCGAUGACAAGGACUCCGACGUCGAGAGAGAGGGACUCGACCAGGACAGAGGACAUGGGGACGAGCAUGGAUUCGACGGCGGUGACGACAGUGGGCCGAUUGAGGAGGGAGCGGGUGGUGCCUUCCUUGUUACUCCUAGCCCCAGUGCAGUGGGCGGGGGCGGUAGUGGCGGAACUGGAUUUGGUUUGGAGGUACAGCAGGGAUCGAUUCCCUCAGGCAUUUUCAGUGACAGCUUCGACCUUGGACGUCCACCCACUUCAGAUGCUCGGCGCGGCGGGGUGCGUGUUCAGACACCGGUGAGCGGAGGUGCACACCUCAUAGGGUCGGUUUUUGGUGGUGCUAGUUCAGGUUUGUUGACAGAGGCUGCCAGAGCGUCAGGCGAGAUACAGGAGGGCAGGACUGGUGACGACGUCGGUCGUGUUGCUAGGAGGCUACAUAUGGACCCCGAGGACGUGGUUGAGGAGGAGCGUUUGGCACGAAUGGUGUCGGGGUGUGCCACGACACAGCGGCUUGCGUUGGAGCAGGACACGACCAGGGCGAGGGAGAUGGGGUGUAGUGUAGAGGAGGUCACUGCCGCCAGACUAGCAGCAGAGUGUAGACACGAUGGUCCUGCUGAUGUUGCAGAUGGUGGAGGACUCUGCACAGAGGGACACAUGGUGGAUCGUGCGGACGACCACCAGGAGGACGAGAGGGUAGGGUUGGGUGGUUUAUGUAGGGCCAGCGACACGGUACUACCCACUACUGAUGAGGCAGAAGGGGGCGACGGUGCGGCCACGACAGACGCAGGGGGGUUGCUUGGGUGCGAUGGCACGGAGGUGGAGGGGCAGGUGGAUAAAGCACUUGUCGGCGUUGCCAUUGCCGCAAAGUUCAGACUAUAUCAUCAUCCCAAGCAGGGAUGUCUGGCGUUUGUCGGUGGACGGUCGGGCAUUUCGGGCGGGAGUAUUGGUUGGGGAGAGGGUUAUGUUGCGCCGGCGACGGCAAGAGGGCGCGGGCAGGUGCAGGGUUCUCCAUCACCUUCAUCGAAGGCGAAGGGGAAGUUCGUAUCGUGGAGCAGCAUCAGCAGGGUCACCCGCAAACUCAAGGAUGCUAUGCCUGGGGUCACGGGUGAGAGGAGGGAUCGUGAGGGGAGGUUGACAGAGAUGUUUGCGGACGCAACAGGCUGGGUACGGAAGGGAGAUAGGUUGGAGCAUCCUGGUGCCGGGUCGUCGUGUGCUGCAGAUCGAUGGGGCAGCACGAUGGUUGCACCGCCGUCACGACCGCCCACGGCAGGUGCGGCACAGCGAGAUGGUCAUCGACGUCCGAAGGGCGAUCUUCCACACGUGCUUUGCCAGGUCCCCGACCACCCCCAGCAUUGCUAGAGGAUGACCCUGAUCCUGGCACUUCGGACGUCA